UCUCUCCCUGAGAAGCUGCAGAGUGGGGAUGGUUGUGCUGAGAAAUAUGUCUUCGUGGAUGGCGGAUACAUUUGCUCUAACGCCGCAAAUGUAUCAAGCAAUCCCUGGUUUAAUCUGCUGCACUGUCGUAAUGUAUAAAUUGCUGAGAUGGAUGGAAAGAAGGAGCUAUUUAGCGGCGAUAGAGAAAGCGCGUACAGACAGGAAGAAAGCAUUGUGCGGUGUGGAAAGAGCUGUGCUAGAGUUCAAAGUACCGGGCAGAUCUAGAGACACUGAAUCUGUUCUGUCUCUAUCACUUCUGGAGCUCCACGAACAAUUGCAGGAUGGCUCCCUUUCUCCCGAUAGUGUGUUGUUUGCUUACAUGGAAAAGGCUUUGGAAGUCACUAAACUGCUGAACUGCGUCACAGAAUUUCUUCCAGAAUGUCAAACACAGCUUAAGAAUCUCAGUGGGAAGAAGAAAGGACUUCUAUAUGGGAUCCCUGUCAGCAUUAAGGACAACAUAAACUACAAGGGUCAUGAUUCAACAUGUGGACUGAGGAAAUUCUUUCACCAGCCUGCAACCAAGGAUAGUGUCUUGGUCCAAGUGCUGAAGAAACAAGGGGCUAUUCCUUUUGUGAAAACGAAUGUCCCUCAGUCUCUGCUAAGCUAUGAAUGCAGUAACCCUAUUUUUGGGCAAACUAUCAACCCACAUGACCACAAACGCACACCAGGCGGGUCAUCUGGUGGAGAAGGGGCCCUGAUCGCAGCCGGUGGUUCGAUCCUUGGCAUUGGGAGUGAUAUUGGUGGCAGCAUCCGGGUGCCAGCUGCAUUUUGUGGAAUCUGUGGCUUCAAGCCAACUGGGAAUCGAUUGAGCUCUCAAGGAAUCAGAACGUCUCUACCUGGACAAAAAACUGUUGAUGCGGCAGUUGGCCCAAUGGCCAGGAAUGUGGAUAGUUUGGCAUUGUGCAUGAGAGCUCUGUUAUGUGAAGAUAUGUUCCUGUUGGAUCCCACUGUACCACCUAUUCCCUUCAAUGAUGAGGUGUUUUCCAGCUCUAAACCAUUGAGGAUAGGUUAUUAUGAGAGUGACGAGUUUUGGAUUCCCAAUGCCAGCAUGAAACGUGCAGUAAUGGAAACCAAACAGCUGCUGGAGGAGGCUGGCCAUACACUGGUUCCCUUCAAACCUCUGAGAACUCAAUCUGUACUCAAUGAACUUAUUAUAAAUGGAAUGACAGCUGAUGGUGGCUCUACACUUUUGGAAAGAUUAAAAGGAGACAUCAUCGAUUCGACUUUGAAAGAUCUGUUUUUUAUAAACACAGUGCCUAAAGUACUAAAGAAGAUCCUGUACAUGUUUCUGAAGCCAUUUAGUCCUAGAAUUUCUGAGACCCUCAAGUAUUUGGGUGGAGUAAGAUCAAUCUAUGAACUGUGGGAACAGCAUAUUGCAAGACAGGCAUACUGCGAUGAGUAUAUAGACGCUUGGAAAAGCGCAGAACUUGAUGUCUUAAUUUGCCCAGCAUUAGGUCCAGCCCUCACUGUCGGAUAUGCUGGAAAAGUGACAGGAGGAAACUGGAGCAUCCGGAGGAAACCCACACAGACACUGGGAGAAUGUGCAAACUCCACACAGAUGGUCACCCACAAGACUGGAAUCGAACCCGAGACCCUGGCGCUUUGAGGCAGCAGUGUUAACUACUGAGCCUCCAUGCCACCCUUAUCCAUUGCUAUGGAUACUUAAGUAGUUAGCUAAUGGGAAACAGAGAGUAGAGAUAAGUAGAUCCUUUUUAGGUUGGCAAGUGGUAAUAAGUGGAGUAACAUAGGGCGCAGUGCUGAAAUCUCAACUAUUUACAAUGUAUGUCAAUGAUUUGGAUGAAGGGACCAAGUGUGUUGUUACUGCAUUUAUAGAUAACACGAAUGUAGUGAGGAGUGUAGAUUGUGAAGAAGUCAUAAUGUGUCUGGUAGAUUAAUUGGAUAAAAAAAAAUUGGCAGAUCAACUAUAAUGUGGGAAAUGUGAACCUGUCCAUUUUGGCAGUAUAGUAUUGUAGACAUCUUCAGUACAGAGGUGUUUGGUUGUAUUGAUACAUGAAUUACAAAGUUAGGCUUGCAGAUAUGGCAAGUGCUUAGGAAGGCAUACAGAAUGUUGGCAUUUAUUACAAGGGGAAUUAAUUUAAUUGCUCCAGUUAUAUUGUGGUGAGACCACAUCUGGAGGACCUUGUACAGGUAUGGUCUCCUUACUUCAGGAAAUUGCAUUAGAAGCAGUUCAGAGAAAGUUUACUUAACCCUUUUAUUUCAAGAAUUAGUUAUGAACAAAUGUUGUUAGGUUGAGUGUGUAUUCAUUGCUGUUCAAAAGAAUAAGGAGUGAUCUACCUUUAAAUAUUUAAGAUCCUGAGGGGACUUUGAUGCUAUGAGAUUAACCAGUACUAGGUGACACAAAUUUAAAAAUAAGGGGUGUCUCAUUUAAGAAUGCCCCCUUGGGUGCUCGUCUGUAGAAUUCUCUUUUCUAUAGAGCAAUAGAGAUUGCGUCAUUGAAUAUUUCUAAGUUUAAGUUAGGUUUUUAAUUGAUAAGGGAAAUCAAAGGGUAUAAAUGGGAAAGUAGACUUGAGCUCACAAUUGGAACAACCAUGAUAUUAACAAAUGGCAGAGCAAACUUGAGGAGCCUGGUCAUGUUUGAAGGUGAAAACUAAUUGCUAAGUGUUUAUGGUGAAGGCAGCUAAUUUGCUCCAAAAUCAAACUCGUGUUCACGUAUACAGCCGCCAUCAUUUAGAGGUCUGGUGAGGACAAUAACUCAUACAAAGUACUUGGAAGUCUGUUGGUCCUUCUGGGUACUUAAUAGAAACAUAGAAUCCCUACAGUGUGGAAACAGGCCCUUCGCCCCAGCAAUCCACACAGACCCUCUGAAGAG